AUGCAACUCACGAGCAUGGCUCUGGCCGUCGCGGCGGUUUUCUCUAUGGCCAAUGCGUACGCUAUUGAUGGCGACGGUGUCAACUGCCGCACUGGUCCAUCUACUAGCGAUGCGGUUGUUACCUCAUACGCAAAGGGUCACGAUGUCACAAUCACUUGCCAGACUCAUGGUGAAGACAUCAAGGGUUCCACUAUAUGGGACAAGACCUCUGACGGCUGUUAUGUCACCGACUACUAUGUGAAGACCGGCUCUAGCGGCAUGGUCACCAAGGAUUGCAGUGGUGGCAGCUCUGGUGGCGGCGGCAGCUCGUCCUACGAAGGCAAGAUCAGCCGCAAGGAGAUCAUCUCCCGCGGUGAGUUCUGGGUCUCUCGCCACAUUCCAUACUCUAUGUAUGCCGAAUACCCGGACCCUACUGGCCGCAAAUAUCGCACCGACUGCUCAGGGUUUGUUAGCAUGGCUCUCCACGCGUAUGCACCAGGCUACAACACAGUCAGUCUCCCCGACAUCGCCAAGCCCAUCUCUUGGGACGACCUCAAGCCUGGUGACCUUGUUGGUACCCUUGGACCCGGCACUGGCGGUGCUGCUGGCCACGUCACUCUUUUCCAUUCAUGGGCCGACAGUUCCAAGAAGGAGUACAACACGCUCGAGUGCCGUGGCACCUACGGUUGUGUCGCCUAUAAGCGCCCUGUCAGCUGGAAGGAUGGCAGCUUCACUGCUAAGCCCUACCGAUACACCCAUGUCGUGGACUAA